CCCGACGUGCAACCAGUCGAUCGUGAUAUCAGAAUGGGUUCCGGUUAUCCGGUUGAUCAUUUUCUGUGGUGAAGUCUGAAGACAAGGAGCAGGGUUUGAUCUUUUUUCAUCUCAAUUCUUAACUUCGAAAAAUGAAUCAAGAAGAGAUAGAAAAAGAACAGUUACUUCGGUAUCUUCGUGGAGAAAUUCCAUUUGAGCAGUGGGUUCAGGGCCAACAGAUAUAUGAGCAAAAGCACCAGUUUGCUUUGAACACUGAUUUGCCCCUACCAUCUCAACCACAAGAGAGGCAGGAUGAUGAAGACGAAGAUGAUGACGAUGAUGAGGAGGAGGAUGAAGGAGACAAAGGAGAAGAAGAAGCGGGACCUAGCACGUACUCAGGUCAAGGUUAUUCUCCAAUCCAUGAAAUGGAGAUAGAGAGCAUUGCUGGAGAUGAAGAUUUACAAAACUCAGCAGAAGAUAGUGCUUUGAAUAUCGAGAUGCAGGUUAAACGUAAGCGUGGUAGACCGAGAGGUCCCGUCCCUCCGCCUGAGGUCCGCAGCCGUCGUCGCCGUCGUAACAGGGUUCCGAAGAGCCUACGAGGGUUAAUGGGUCAAGCCCAUCUCUGCUUUGCCCGUAAGGAACAUGAUCAAGCCACAAAGAUGUGUAUGGAGAUCAUUCGCCAAGCUCCGAAGGGUGUAGAGCCCUUUCAGUUACUUGGUAUGAUCUAUGAGGACCUAGGUGAUAUGGAGAAAUCUAUGCAGUUUCAACUGAUAGCAGCUCAUCUUUCUCCGAGGGAUACAGAGCAAUGGCACCAGCUUGCUGAGGUGUGCUUGGAGAGAAAUGACUUGGAGAAGGCCAUCUAUUGCUAUAGCAAAGUUCUGAGGACCAAUAGCCAUCACAUACCAACCCUCCAUGCACGUGCUCGUCUUUACAUCAGACUCGGGGAGAACAAGAAGGCAAUGGAAUCCUACCAUACCAUCAUCAAGCAUCUACCUCAAGAGGAAUGGUCCCAAGGUCUUCUUCUUGCUAGAGAACUUGUCCAGAGGUGUCAUAAGCUGGGAGAAGUGAAUCUUGCUAUUGAAGCAAUGGAAACGUUAGUUAAGAGGUAUCCUGAACACAUCAGCUCAGAAGAGGUGAAUAACCUUGCUGAGUUGUACAUCUCCAGUUUACAGUACGAGAAGGCUAUACAGGUGAUGUCUCGUCAUUGUGGAGUGAUAGUGGAAUACAAUGAGAUGGACCUUUCAACGUUUCAAGGAGGAGAUUUAGAAGCAGUGAAUGUCGUCAUUCCCGACGGACUUCCUAUUGACCUGAGGGUCAAGCUAGCUAUCUGCCUCAUCCAUUCCAAACAUCUCACUCCUGUUUCCAUGGUAACCAAACCACUCUUCUCCGAGGACCCAGAAGACUUUGGUGACCUCUACCUCGACGUAGCGGAAGCAUACAUAGAUAUCAAUGAUCACCAGUCAGCAAAGCCGAUAUUAGCAGCUCUUCUUAAAGCUAAGAACUAUAAUCUGCCCGCAGUGUGGCUGAGGUAUGCAGAAUGUUUGAGCUCAUUGGGUGAGCUAGCAGCAUCCAGCAAAGCAUACAGCGAGGUGCUCAAACAAGCUCCUAGACAUCUUGAUGCAAGACUAGCCCUAGCAGCCAUUGAACAGCAGCUAGGAAGGGCCGAAUCAGCACUACAGACACUUUCUCUCGAUCCAUUAGAUGAUGACGAUGAUGGCGAUUAUAUUCUAUCCAAGCAAGACAUUCAGAUUCUCUACAGACAGGGCAUAUUGAUGUACACCCAAGGCCACUUUGAUGAGUUCUUGGAGAAAGGAAACUAUCUCCUCUCAAAAUUCAUCCAUAAGGAUAAUGAAGAUCACGCAGAUUACAACGUAAUUACCAAAGGGGAAUGGUUGAGUUUGAUUCAGAAAAUGUGCGUAUCAUAUGGGAAGAUGAAGCGAUACGGUCAGGCGUGCAAUCUCAUCAAAGACGCUCUUAAUUACAAUAUAUAUGACAGAGACAACGAUAAACCAUGGAUACAGAAGCUGAGAUUCAUGUUGGUCUGCGCCUCUUAUCAUCAUGAGAAUUAUGACGAUGCUUUUUCAUCUAUCAGGGAGUUUGUCAAUCAGUGGGGAGAGAAGAUUAAUCUGAUGAACCUAUUUAGCUUGAUAGUAAACAACACUUUGGGAUCAAGACAUCAUAAAUACUGCAUGAGACUUACUAUAAAGGUCAGUUACCUCUAAGUGUGUUCUUCUCAAGUUUUACGGUAACAUCUCUCUUUAAAGUAUAUCAUCGUACUAUGUUUAGAAAAUAAAUUUCAGUCAGUCAGGUGUUAUUCCACAGACCCUUAAAGAGAAAUGCCAGUAGUUGCAGUAAACACU